UCCGUUUCCGGUCCUUCCGGCGCCGCAGACGCCGAGGGAUCCGCGCAGGCGGCUUGUCUCCCGCGGCCGCAGGCUCUGCGGCCCCCGCCCCCUCGCGGCGCCGCGCCCCGCGUCCUCCCGCCGCCGGGAGCGCUGUGGGCCGCCCGGGCCUGGCGCUGACGCCGUGGCGGCCGCCGCGCGCCCGAGGGGAGCCGCUGGGGCCCCGGCUGUCCCCGCCCGAGACCGCGCCGCCGCCGCCAUGGCUACAAAAGACCCCACAGCCGUAGAGAGAGCGAACUUGUUAAACAUGGCUAAACUGAGCAUCAAAGGACUCAUUGAAUCUGCUCUCAGCUUUGGCCGCACUUUGGAUUCUGACUAUCCCCCCUUGCAGCAGUUCUUUGUCGUUAUGGAACACUGUCUGAAACACGGUCUUAAAGUAAGGAAAUCAUUUUUGAGUUAUAAUAAAACUAUCUGGGGUCCUUUGGAACUGGUGGAGAAGCUGUACCCAGAAGCAGAAGAAAUAGGGGCCAGUGUCCGGGAUUUACCUGGUCUUAAGACCCCCCUGGGUCGUGCAAGAGCAUGGCUUCGUUUAGCCCUCAUGCAGAAAAAAAUGGCUGAUUAUCUUCGUUGCUUAAUUAUUCAGAGGGAUCUCUUGAGUGAAUUCUAUGAAUAUCAUGCACUAAUGAUGGAAGAAGAAGGAGCAGUAAUUGUUGGGCUACUGGUUGGCCUGAAUGUGAUAGAUGCUAAUUUGUGUGUAAAGGGAGAGGAUUUAGACUCACAAGUUGGAGUGAUUGAUUUUUCCAUGUAUUUAAAGAAUGAAGAUGAUAUUGGAAAUAAAGAAAGGAAUGUUCAAAUAGCUGCCAUAUUAGACCAGAAGAAUUAUGUUGAAGAAUUAAAUAGACAACUGAACAGCACAGUCAGCAGUCUCCAUUCAAGAGUUGAUUCAUUGGAAAAGUCAAAUACUAAGCUGAUUGAAGAGUUAGCAAUAGCAAAGAAUAAUAUCAUUAAGCUUCAAGAAGAAAAUCAUCAAUUACGAAGUGAGAAUAAGUUGAUUUUAAUGAAAACACAGCAGCACUUAGAGGUUACCAAAGUGGAUGUGGAAACUGAGCUUCAAACAUACAAGCAUUCUCGGCAGGGGCUAGAUGAAAUGUACAAUGAAGCCAGAAAGCAGCUUCGAGAUGAAUCUCAGCUACGACAGGAUGUGGAGAAUGAGUUAGCUGUACAAGUUAGUAUGAAGCAUGAGAUUGAACUUGCCAUGAAAUUGUUGGAGAAAGAUAUCCAUGAGAAACAAGAUACUUUGAUAGGCCUUAGACAACAACUAGAGGAAGUUAAAGCAAUUAACAUAGAGAUGUACCAAAAGUUGCAGGGUUCAGAAGAUAGUUUGCAAGAAAAAAAUGAAAUAAUUGCCCGACUAGAAGAAAAAACCAAUAAAAUUACUGUAGCCAUGAGGCAGCUGGAACAAAGAUUGCAGCAAGCAGAGAAGGCGCAACUGGAAGCUGAAGAUGAAGAUAAGAAAUAUCUACAAGAAUGUCAGAGUAAAUCCGACAGUCUGCUGAAACAAAUCUCUCAAAAGGAGAAACAGCUGGCGCAACUGGAAACUGAUUUGAAGAUUGAGAAGGAAUGGAGGCAGACUUUGCAGGAAGAUCUUCAAAAGGAAAAAGAUGCUUUAUCUCAUCUUAGAAAUGAGACCCAACAAAUCAUUAGUCUUAAAAAAGAGUUCCUUAACCUCCAGGAUGAAAAUCAGCAGCUGAAAAAAAUAUAUCAUGAAAAGGAGCAAGCUCUUCAAGAACUUGGCAACAAACUUAGCGAAUCCAAACUUAAAAUAGAAGAUAUAAAAGAAGCCAACAAAGCAUUGCAGGGACUGGUUUGGUUGAAAGACAAAGAAGCAACGCAUUGUAAGCUCUGUGAAAAGGAAUUCUCACUCUCUAAGAGAAAGCACCACUGUAGAAACUGUGGGGAAAUUUUCUGUAAUGCUUGCUCUGACAACGAACUGCCUUUGCCUUCUUCGCCAAAGCCAGUACGGGUUUGUGAUUCCUGUCAUGCAUUGCUCAUUCAGAGAUGCUCAUCUAAUUUGCCGUAAGAUUCUAAAGCAAAAUCCUCACUGUAUGGAAGUACUGAUUAUGAAUGUUAUGUAUGAAUACGUGCACAACAUACUCAGACAGCCCUUCUUAAGCAGCUUUCAGACAGUAUUGGUACCAGUUUUAUCUUUCACAUCUUCAAUUAUUGGGAAUUAAAAAGUUGCAUAAUUGGGUAUUUCCUUUCCAUUAUUAAAGAAUUUUCAUCAGGGCAUGCUUUAAAAUAACUUCAACCUAAUUCCUAGUUCAUGUAAUAAUCAUGUAACUCUUAAUAACAUUGAUAAGGCCAGAUAGUAGCUAACACAGUUGCCUUAUUUUAUAAAGGCCUUCUUAAAAACAGGGCUUCAGAUUUUCUUCUCCAGAUCGCGGAGUUGAUAUUUGAUGGUGCCUGUAAUUUUCUUAAUGCACUUUAAAGCUUCAUGGUUCUUAAAGAUGGGAAAUGUGUAGAAUUUUUUAUGUGUUAAUAUCCCAAUUCAUCAGAUUUUCAAUUAGCUUGGUAAGGUGUCAACUAUAUUUAUUUGGCCCUUUGCUCACGUUGCAUUAGAAAAGGCCAAUAUUUUAUGCUGUUUCCUUUGGGUCUUACUCCUAAAACCAGUGUUGUAAUUGCUAUCUUUCAGAUACAGUGGGUUAAAGAGUUCGUUUUUCCACAACCUUUUCCUUAUUUUGAAAGGAAGUUUAAAUCAUCCUUUUAACUUAAGUUGCUACUUGCAGGUCUUUCCAGUAGUUUUUAAGAAGCAUUAAUAGUGCAGUGGUCUGCUACUGCAUAAAGGGUAAAAAAUUUACCACAUACUGAGCACCUCUAAACCAGGGUUGGUUAGCGGAUGAAGAUGUGGUCUCAGCCCUGCCAUGAAAUACAUACUUGAACCAUUUCAAGCAUGAGAUUGAAUAAACACUAAUCUCAUUGUAUUGCUUAUUGCAUAUACAAGAAUUUAAUCUGUAAAAAGUAAGUUACCCUUGUAUACAAUCACUUGAAUGGCAUCACUACUAGGAGUCCUACCCUUUUUUAUUUAAGUCAAGUUUUAGCCAUGCACUUUACCCCUGUGAACCUUUCAAACAAUGUGCUAUUAGAAUAAUCUUACAUUACUCCUAGGAGCAUUGUAUUUAGUGAAUUUAAUCAUGGCUACCCCCUACCCCCUAGGAUGGGGGUUACUUAUUUUGCAGGAUUUUUUCCUCGGAGUACAUACUUUCAUUAAGUGUGAAAAUUAUUUUUUUAAAUUGCCAAAGUUUGAAACUAGUAUUUUACUUAAGAUUUUCUCCAUAAUCCAAUUUGAGGUCUUCUGGCAGAACCGACAGAUUUUUAGGUGGUCUUGCUCUGAUAGAAAUGUUGAAGAGAUAAAUUAUAUUAUUGAAACUUUUGUAUUGAUGGAUGAACAUUUUUAUGAUACUAAGUGUUUUUUAUUAAUGUGCUUAGAAUUAAAAAAUGGGAUUUUUGCUUAAAUUCCAAGGCUGGUUAAUCUCCCCUUCAGUUCUUUGCUAUUCAAAACUCAUGUAUCACCACUGCAUUGAAAUUUUUGUAGGCAAAAGUUUAGUAUUAGCUCUUUAAAAAACAUAACACAUUUAUACCAAUUUUGAAAUUUAUGUUAAAAAGCUUUUCAUUUGUACUUUGUGAACCUACACUUUUUUUCAAGGAAGAUUUGCAAACUUCACAUAUCAUUCCCUCAUCUAGCCAGUACUAUCACAAUAAUGCUAUCAUGGUGCCAAGGAAUUGUGAUUGUUAAUUCUUCUACCCUGUAAUGUUUUAAAAUAAAAUGUGAAUUUUAUAAAAAUAAAAGAUUUGAAAACUUA